UGUAAAGUGCUUAGAAGAGUGUCUAGCAGGCAAAAAUACAAUGUAUGUGCUAGCAAUUACUGCCAUGCCCCCAUCUUUACUUGUGGGGGUUGAGGAGGAAGUCAGGAAUGGGAAAGGAAAAGGACCUGACAGUUGCAGCUAUGGCCAGUUCCACAGUCCCCUGUCAUGCCUCCCAAUACUCUCGGCCUAAGAAGCUGAAGAAGAGCCCUCCCUCUUUACCCCUCGGUAGACCGUCCCUAGAGCAGAGCCUGGACCAAAGCCCGUGGCUCCGCUGUGCUCAGAAGAGGAGCCACCCUCUGCAUGUGUCAGGUCUGUCAUCUGUGAGUCUGUAAACAGGCAUGGCAGCCAGACCUUCACAGCGUGUGAUCUAGAAUCACGGUUGCUCAGGGGAUGGAGGACUGAGUUCUACAGCUCAGGGAGUAACAAGUCACUGUCCGGUCAGCUCCUGAAUUGACCUUGCCUCCAACCACAGGCAGUAUGGUUAGCUUUGCAGGAACUGCCCUGUCAUUAGCCAGCGUGGCCCUCCUAGUAGCGGCUGGCCUCUCGCCUCCCCAGACAGUUCCUGGCAUAGUAUCAGGGAGGGAGUGGGUACCCUAGAUAGAGAAUGCCAACCUACACCAGGCAACUCCUGGAUGUCCAGAGGCUGGUAGCCACCCAGCCCAGCUGGACCCUGCUCCCCAGGGAGCAUGGUGUUGCUUAGAAAUGCUUAACCCUUUGUGGGCCCGAGUUGCUUUCCUUCCAUCAUUCCACACAUGCUCUCUGGGAGGUAAGAGUCUCUAACCCACGAGAAGUUUGUAGGAGGGAACAGUGCCAGCACUGAGUCUCUGCAGCUCCUAAGAGUGUAGGUGCAGGGGAGACAGUGGCUACAGACCAGAGGAGCUGGGUCGAGGGAGAAACUUGACUCAGGAGGAGUACUUUGUCAGUUUCUUCCUGCAGGACCAUCAGGCAGGGGGUCCGACUGCCUAGAGAACUGAGUGAUGAGGAAGCAGGGAUGGUGAAGACAGGGAACCCCGAGGAGACAGGCCUGGGACUGGUGAUAGGAGCUGACCUCCUUACCUUCCAGCCCUACUGGCUGUGAGGUUAUGGGGUGCGGGUGGAUUGGGCCUUGGUUGCUACUCUGACUUAAAGACUAAUUCUAAGGUGCUCAUGGCCUUUGGGGCCCUUUGUGUUAGUGUUUUCAGUGCCCUUCACACCCUCUGGGGGUGGCAGCAGGGUGAUCUGUGAGAAAGAAAAGCCAAGGUUUUCCAUGCAGUUGUUCUGUCCAGAUGUCUAGACUCUAGAAGGUAGAGAGAGGAGUCCUAGAGGAGAGAGGGGAGCUUCUGCAUCUGGGUGCUGUUUGGUGGGUGAAUGGAAGAUCUGUCUUGGGGCCGAGGCCACACACCCUUUCAUCCUGCGUGCAUGAUGUGGGUAGGGGUAUGAGGUUGCUACUCAUGUCCACCUGUAUUUAUGUAACUAUAGCUAGAGACCAGCUCUAAGGACAGCAGUGCCCCACCUAGGAGUCCUCAACCUGCCACCAGCCCGGUACCCUCAGAGACUUCCCAGAGAGUCAAGAGUCCCGAACCCACGCUCACUAUGAAUGGCCUAGAGGCUGCCCCAGCAGAGGGCCCAAAUGAAGAGGCCCAAGGUCUGUCCCGGAAGCGGGUGGCGAAUGCAGUGAGGAAGGUGGUCAGCAAGGUACUGCCUGGCGAGGAGCCUGGGAAUGCCAAGGAGCCUCCAGGCCGAGGAGCCAAGUCCCCUGAGCAUCCAGCUCGAGGCAAGAAGGGAGAAAAGGCAGCCUCUAGUCCCAAGCCCCCACCACCGCCACCUCCUCCUCCUCCUGCUCCACCAAAGCCUGAAGCAAAGAAGGAGGCGGCCAAGGAUGAGCUCUCCCUGGGCCUACGCAGUCUGAUGUCUAAGGGCAGAGGCAAGGACCACAAGUCCCGCAGCAAGCAGCCUCCUGGGAAAGGGGAGAAGGCCCCCAACCAGGAGCCAGCCCCCUCUGGAAAAUCAGGCUCUCCAGACAUGGUGGACUCCCCAAAGAAGGCAGGAUCCCCAAGCCCAGCGCAAGAGCUUGCUGAGCCAAACUUGGCCAGCCCGAAGCUGACGCCCUCCGGAGAGCAGCAGGCCAAGUCGCCAGCCUCUGAUGUGCAGCAGGAGGUACCAGAGUGUGCCACUAACCUCCUAUGCCCCUCCCUACUCUUACUGGAGGGCUUAGCACCCUCAUGGUGGCUUCCUCACUCCUGGAGGAACCUUGCAUGAUCAAAGCUGGCCCAGGGUUAUGUGCCCCCCAUGGCAGGGGCUGCAUGACUUUCGUUAACCUUGUGUCAGAAUGAGUGAUGGCCUGGUCUGGCCUGGUUGCUGAGAUAGGAACUGCUGACCAGCAUGCCGCAGGCCUUUCCAUGAGAGUCAAAGCCUGAGUCUCGGCAGAGGAGCGCAGGGUGGAAACGGGUUUCUUAGGUCAGGUGAUCUAGGCUCAUAUCCUCAGCCCUACCCCUGGGAGACCUCAGCAAGGUCUGUCUCCAAGGGCCUGUCUGUCCAGUGGGGAGUUAUAACGUAGGUCCUAAGUACCUUCUAUGGGGCCGUAAGUACUGGGAACUAGUCAUUUUUCUAUCUUGGAAUGUUUUCUGGUAUACAUACAAGUAGCCACCUGCAACCACCUUGUGGGACUAUGUCCAAAGCAGACCCAUGAACAUUCUCACUUUGGAAUGAUAAAAGAUCAGCGUGGUUUUGCCACCAAAAUAAUUAAAGAAAAAUCUUUUGUCUGGGGGAUUCUUUGGAGUUCUGAAUGGUGGCUAUGCUAACUAGAUAUGAUGCAGGUUAUAUGCCAAGCCUGCUCCCUGGCACCAGGUGCCAACGAUGGUAGUGACCGACAGUCACUAAUGCCAUCACUGCUCUCUUUAGGCCUUAACAUCCACCCACUGCAGGACCCUUGGGAAACCCUGUGCGUGGGUGGCAGGUAGGCAUAGUGAGCCCUCUUGUAGCUGCACUGCCCCAUC